UGCAUCAUGGUGCAACACACACUGUGCGGUGGAAACUCAGUCGAGCGAAACGAGAUCAGUACAAGUCCAACAGUCACGUCUAAAAGCUUCACGCACAGGCCAAUAUAUAUAUUAUAAAGAAAUAUUAUCAUUUUAUUAUAGAGAAAGAAAUUUUGUACAAAGAAGAAUUUUUCAAGUGAGACACACAAACCGAGAAAAAUCAAAGAAGAAGAAAAAGAAGAAGAAGAAGAAGAAGUUUUUUUUUUCAAGAAAUAGAAAUUAUUUUCUUAUAUUUUAAUUAAUAAAUAUUAUAGGGACAAUGUCUAAAAUUGUGACGUUUAAUUAUUAUUCUCUAUUUUCAAUUGUGACAAUUAUUGUCAUUAAUGUGAGUUUGACGCGUGCUCAAACUCAAUUUCGAUGUCCUGAGGAGAAGGGCUUUUAUCCCGAUCCAGAGCAGUGCGAUUUAUAUUAUGCCUGUGUUGAUGGACAACCCGAGGAGAGACUCUGUAAGGAUGGACUCGUUUUUAGGGACGAUAAUCCGAAAAAGGACUUUUGCGAUCUUCCCGCCAAUGUCCCUUGUGGCGAUCGCACUCUUCUUCAGGAGCCACAAAGUUCAAAAGGAUGUCCAAGAGCAAAUGGUUAUUUCAAGCACGACGAUCCCGACUCGUGUGAUAAAUUUAUGAAUUGCAUUGAUGGAGUUGCAAUGGAAAUGUCAUGUCCGCCUGGAUUGAUAUACGAGGACAAAAUGUCGAGUUGCGUAUGGGCGCAGGACUCAACGAGACUUUGUGAGACUUUAAAGCGUGAGACAUUAGACGAUGGCUUCACAUGUCCCGAGGGCGAUGUCGCUGGACCGCAGGGAAGAAUUUUACCCCAUCCCACAUAUCCCCAUCCAGAAGACUGUGCCAAAUUUUAUAUCUGUAAAAAUGGCGUUGUACCACAAAAAGGACAAUGCGAGCCUGAUACUGUUUACAAUGAAGAAAGUUUCAGGUGCACCGAACCCGAAUUAGUUCAAGGAUGCGAGGAUUACUACAACAAGAGAAAUUGAGUUACAUAGUUACAGCAGGUGCCAGCUUCGCGAUAUAUAACGCUUAACUUUUACCCAUAAGAAUAAUAAAAAGUAGUUUUUACAUUAUAUAAGAUGCACUACUUGCUUUGUUGUAAUUUUUUUUUCUCAUUUUUUUUUUAUUCGUCAGUGAAAAAUACUUUUCCUUUUAUGUAAGAAAUUGAGUCUUCAAUCUUUUUUUUUCAAAGCGUUUAUACAGGAAUUUUUUUUUUUAAUUUUUCGUGUUCGAUUUUUUUUCGAUCUCGAUAUUUAAUUAUAUAUUAUUUAUUGAAAAUGAGUCAAGGAACCAAAACGAGUUAUUAAAUUAUUUGAGAGAUUAAUUUAAUCGGAAAAAGCAGGAAAUGUAUAUGAAUUUCCAGUUAUUGAAUUUUAUUAAUAUUAUUUGUAUUUUAAAGUUCAUCUAGUUAUUUUUUUUUAGUGCAUUUUAUGACAAAUUACAUCAUUAUUAUCUUGUGUAUUAUCACGCAUUCAUUUUCAAUCAUUUGUAAUAGUUAUUUUAUAUAUUACGUUAUAUUUAUUUAAUUUUUAAUAAUAAAAAAAAAUUAUUAAGCCUUUUGUACA